AUGGGAGAGAGCAGAGUCGACCGCCGCCAACGCGCCCGCAUGAUCCACCGGUUCUCCAAGACCCUUGAGCAGGGCGUUGCAGAGCUCACGCUGCUGGACGAAAUCGACCCGGACCGCGAAUAUCUCAAGCACCUCGGAUGGUCGGAUGACAUCCAGGACGAAGAGGACUGGAUGGCUUCCUGGGAAAUGAAAGGCCGCUUCAAACAGUAUCUCAAUGCAAACCUCAAGAAGUGGCGCACUGAAUGGGUCGACAAGGGUAAACCCAAGGAGGACAGGACUGAGAGCCAGGCCGAGGAGGAAUCAGCGCCAGGCCAAGAAGCUCCUACUGCUGCAGAUGCAGGAACAGCUGCAAAGGAGUCUGGUCAAGCGGCGACUCUCCAUCAUCCUCAAGAGACUACAACGGGGAGCGUCCAGAAAGUGCCAGAACCGAAACCCAGCGAGCCUGCAACAGACUCGAAGCCUACAGAGGGGCCUGAUAGUAUUCCUGGCAGCUUCCCACAUGCACCGCCGCCGCCGCCACCUACAACCCUGUUCGAUACCUCGUCCGUUGCAGACUAUUUGAAAAUUGGUCGAAUCGAAAAGGAUCAUUUUGAUCCAGCUCAACGACAAACCAAGAACCUCAAGGCAAGCACGCCGCGGCCGCAAGAUGAAGACACAGUCAUCGACAGAGGAUUAGCAGAACUGGCAGCAAGGAUGACCAUCUCGGCACCAGAGACACAACGAUCAGUCCCCUGCAUAUCAGACCAAGCUUCCUUUGAAGGAAGACAUCAGGAACCCAAAAGACCAGCAGCAGCACUGCUUUCAACUGCUGAGGACCGGCAGAGGUUUCUCGACUGGUACCGCGACAACUACCACCGAUCAGAGGCUAAGAGAUUCGGUUACAUGUAA